AUGGUUAAUUUACCUAUUCGAUCUUACCGUGAACAAGGUUCACAAUGUAAUGAUGAUGAUCCAUAUGUAGAAAUUGAAGAUUCACAAAUUAGUAUAACACGUCUUUGUGGUAACAGUCAUACACGUAAAUUAUUUGAAACAUGUUCAAAUACUAUUUUAACUGGUUAUAAGAAUUUUAAUCUAAAAACAAAUAAUAUUCAAUAUAAAGGUUUUCAAUUUUAUUUUGAAUCAAUUGAAAAAAUAGAAUGUUCUGAUAUUACUACAAUUAUAUCUCAAAAAUCACAAGAACCAUUUAUUAGCAAAGAAGAAACUCUUUGUGCAUUAUCAAUUGAUCCUGAACGUAAUAGUUUUUCAUGUACACCUGAUCAUGGUCUUGUCUUUUUACAAUCAUAUGAAUUUAUUACAAAUAAUCUAGAAUCAUGUGAUAUUACACAACAUACAUGCCACUAUUUAAGUGACGAACCGCAAGCACUCUGUUCUGGUCAACAAUCAUGUGCAUAUAUACAUUCAAUAUCAAUUGAUCCACAAUUAAAUAUUUGUCAUGGUAAUAAAGGUGAUUCAAUUCAAUUUUUUUUUAUCAAUGGUAAACAACUUUCGAUAUAUCUUUAUAUUAUCGAUUUAUCAAUACGUGACAUAUCAACAAUAGAUUCAACAUCUACAAUUGAAUGUUAUGAUUCAAUUAUUUAUCGUGAUGGAAAAAUAACAAAAUCAUUAUGUAGAAAUAUUGAUCAACCUAUAUUCGAAUAUCAAACAGAUAAAGAUGCACCUGAAUCAAUAUUGAAUAUAAUGGAAUUAUUACCUUCGAAUAUAUUAACAACAACAACAAAACCUGUUGGAAAUACUACAAUUAAACAUUCUAAUCAUAAAUCUAUGAUUGCCAGUAUUCUUAGUGGUGUUAUAGUUGUAUUAUUAUAUAUAAUUGGUUUUAUAUUUUAUCGUCAUCGUUUAUGUUGGAAAGGCAUGGAAGGAUCAAAAAUAGAAUAUAGACGAGAUAUAGAUACAAUUAAUAGUAAUAUGAGUAAUGGGCGUAAUGAAAAUCAUAAUAGUAUUUCAUCUGGUGUAUUAACAGAUUCAGCACCAUCAACAUUUACUACUAAAACUUAUCAUGAACAAAUUCAGAUAAAAGAUGGUUCAUUAGGAAAUAGUUAUGAAAAAAUAUUUAAUCGAUUCUUAGAUGAAACUGUUACACAAAUUACUAUUCAAGAUCCAUAUAUACGAGCUUUUCAUCAAAUUAGCAAUUUUUUACGUUUUUGUGAAGUUAUUAUUAAAUCACCAGCAAAGAUUAAACGGAUUGAUUUAAUUACGGGUUUUGAAACGAAUGAACAAGCAAAACAAACACAAAUUGAACAAUUAAAUCAAUUUAAAGAACAUCUGGCAACAAAAUAUUCAAUUGAACUUACAAUACAAUAUUUAACUGGAUUACAUGAUCGAGAAAUCAAGUUAAAUAAUGGAUGGAUAAUCAAAAUUGGUCGAGGACUUGAUUUUUAUAAACCACCAGAAUCUAAAUUAUCUAUUGGAUAUUAUGAUCUUGAUCUUCGUCCAUGUCAUCAAACGACUAUUGAUAUAUUCCAUGCGGAAAGAGUUCAUCCAUCAUCAUAA